UGGGCGCGGAGGAACUACAAUUCCCAAGGUGCUCCAGGAGUAGCCUGUGCAGAGGAGCGGCUGUUUCAGCUUCGGCUAAGGUUCGGGUCUGAACCUGUAAAAUGCAGUUGGCGCCCCAGGAAGGGUCCUCUUCGUGGAAGAGUCCUGGGCGGAGUCGCUGGAAACAAUUUACAAGGAAGCCAAAUCCCAAGCCUGCUUUUGACCUUGACAAUGUAGAACACUGGAUUAAGAAAGUGGAGAAAGCUUCAGAAUUUGGAGUUUUGAAAGCAUUUUCUGCUGGAAGUUCUGAUUUAUUCAGAAGGCUUUGGGGCCAAAAUAUAGAUUUGGAAACAUCUGAGCAAAUAGAGGAUCAUGAUGAAGUCUAUGCAGAAGCUCAGGAGCUGGUCAGUGAGUGGCUAGACACCAAACUUAAGCAAGAACUAGCAAGUGAUGGGGAAGCUGAAGACACUGUGUCAAGUAUCCCUCCUGUGUUAGAAGCCAGUGGUUGUUUAGAACAUGACAAGUUUGAUGAUUUCUGUGGCUAUUUGGAGGAAGAAGAGGAAAGUACCACUGUUCAAAAAUUUAUAGACCAUCUGCUCCAUAAAGAUGUGGUGGAUUCUGGGAUGUUGGAAGAUCUUGGAAUGAAUGGAAAGCAAGACAAGAAGUGGCAGAAGGAUCCUCGUCUUACCAUGGAGAUAAGACAUAAGCAGGUAAAAGAAAAUCGCUUAAGACGGGAGAAAGAAUUAGAGCGCCAGAGAAUUGAAAAGACCCUGAAAAAAUCGGCCUUCUUAGAGGCUCAGUAUCUGGUACAGGAAGAGAAGAAAAGGAAGGCUCUGGAGGCCAAGAAAGAGGAGGAGGAGAUUCAAAGGGAGAUGGUAAAGCUGCGGAGAGAGAUAAUUGAGAGGAGGCGCACCGUGGAAGAGGCUUGGAAAAUAGAAAAGAAAAAGCAAGAAGAAAGUUCUCCAAAACAUCCAGAGAAGGGCAUGUUUCAACAUGUUCAUAUUCUUCAGGAGGAAGAAAAAUUGGCAAAAGAAAGAAAGAAGAAACUGAAAGAGUUAUUAAUUCAAACUUACAAGGAAAAUCACCAGUGUCAAAAACGCUAUUUCUCUGCCUGGCACAAGCUGCUGCUUGAUAACAGGAUUAAGCUGGGGAAAGCUGGGACCCUUUCUGACUGGAAGUUCCAGCUGAAGGUCCUGCGGGCCUGGAGAGACUACACAAGAUUUCAGAAGCUGCAGCGGGAGACACAAGCCAUGGAGAAUGACCUUAGAGAAGAAAACAGUGCUUUGUUGCUUAGAAAACACCAACUGGCCGCUGAGUACAACCGGAAAGAAGUUCUCCGACACCAUUUUACAGAAUGGCAGCAUUGGCAUCGUGCAGAGAUCCUAAAGAGAGAGCUGGCUAUAAAAAAGGGAGAAACCCAGAAGAAAAUGAAUGAGUUGUUGAAGGCAGUAUCACUAGGGAAACUCAGUGCAAACGGGUCAUCAGGCAUCAGUCCACUUGAGGAGGGAACAGCUAUGGAGGAGUCACCUAUAGGAGAGGUGACUGCCAUACCCCUUCUGUGGGAAAAGCCUCCCUCAGGGAGCAGUGGUUGUAUGCCUAGCCCCCACCUGAGCAAACCAACAGACAGCAUCUUGCAAGUUUGCCUUCAGAAUGUCCCUCUGAACACAUCUGAAAACAAGCCUCACAAAGCUCUGGAUCUUGAGCCCUCCCCACAGCCUGACAGCAACGAGAAGCUCAGAACCACCAGCCAGAAAACAAAACCUAUUUGCAUGAGUCAUUUCCACAACCGCCAUGCCUUCCAGCAACAGCUGAUUGAGAAGCAAAAGAAGAAACUUCAGGAACAACACAAAAUGAUUCUGGAGCUGAAGGAAAGCCAGAGGCUGGUGAAGGCUCGGUGGGCAGCAGAGCGUGACACAGCAGUGAUUGACUCACAGAGCUGCCUGCUGUCCAACCCCAAAGAACCAAAGAAAACCUACAAGGCACCUUCAAAUUCGUCUGUUGCUUCCCCUGGGACCGAAGGUAGUAGAAGUAACUCCCAAAAUGAUCUUUCUGGACCCAGAAGGAGCCCAAAGAAGCUGAUGACACCCCAUCCCAUUCUUAAAGCCAUGGAGGAGAGAGCAGCUCAGCGAGCUGAACGUAGGCGGAUCUUGGCAGAGAAGAAGAAAAAACAAGAAGAGGAUAAAUUGGCCCAGUUAAAGGCCCAAGAGGAGGAGCGUCAGAAGAGAGAGGCAGAAGAAAAGGAGGCUCAGCUUCAGAAAAAACGAGAAGAGAAGAGACUGAAGAAAAUGAGAGAACUAGAGAAACACAGAAGAAUUAAGAGGAACCAGCAGCUGGAAGCAGUAGCCAAAGAUCAUUAUGAAAGUGUGUUGCUAAGGGAAAAAGGUCUGGAGCCUUGGAAGAGACUGAGAAUUCAAAGCAAGCAAAACAUGCAGGUGGCCAAAGAACAUCACUCUUUGGCCCUGCAGAGGAAAUGCCUGCUCACCUGGUUGCAGUGCAGUCGGGAAAGCCUGGCGAGGAAGACGGCCCGGGCCGCCCAGUUUCAUUCACAAACAUUGCUUAGGAAAGUCAUCCGGAGCUGGCUGCAGUACCUGACUGAGCUAGAAGAAGAAAUACAAAAACUGUGCAUACAUUUUCUUCAAAAGAAGAUUUUCAGAGCCUGGUUUAACAUGGUCAGGGAGGCCAAGAUCGAUUCACAGAGCAAACACAAGAUUGCAGCAGAGCAUAGUGACAGGAGGAUUCUCUGGAUCACACUUCAGACAUGGAAGAAGUUUGUACAAUUCAAGAAAGAAGAAAGAGUGAGAGAAGAAAGGCGACAGCAACUCCGUAAGAAGGUAGCUGAAAUUCUGCCUGACUUCCAGGUGCCGCCCUGCCUUGACUCCUGACCGUGCUGGCGCUCGCGCAGCCCUCGUGUAGGGGGUCCUUGGUGUGGGGAGCACCAGCCAGCGUGCUUAGGACAGGAAUGUCCAUUGGUCAACAGCACAUACAUGUUGCGCGCGCGCACACACACACACACACACACACACCUGGCUGCUUAUGUUCUAUCAGAUACUCUUGGAUCACAGGGAUUAUUUUUGAAUUUGCACUUCAUUCUUUUAUUUCUCUUGGGUUGCUAAUCAGUUCACUAAAGCAUUUAUCACAGCAGGAUCAUCCAAAGAAACUGUUCCUGUUCCACUGUUCAAAUGCAUCGUAUGUAUUUUUAGCAUCAUAAACUUUACAAAGGACGAGUGUUUGCUUGCCUGAGCUUGUGGAGGAAAAUGUGUCCUUACAGUUUAACAUGACUUGUGUACCUUUAAUCAAAUAGAAAUUAAAAGUAGUGAGUACAAAGAAAAGGAGCCCUACACAGUCAGGCAUCUAAUACCUUCGUAUCAGCAACAAGCAUUCUGCCAGACUCCAUCCUUUUUGCCCACCCCAAUGGAAAACUGCGUAUCCAAAGGCACUGUAUGCGCUUGCUGCAAGGGUAACAGUGUCUCCUAAUUUCAGAGAAAUUGGGGCACCAAAAAACUGCUUUUCUGUGUACAUAAUAAGCAGCAAGGGAAAGCCAGCAAUUUGUUAAAAUGUCUGUUCAUGCUCCCAACUGCAACUUCUAAAUAGUACUUGAUCUGGCUUCUAGACCUCAGCUCAGCUUGAGCUGUGUGUCAAGAUAUCUAUCUUGAAUUCAAAACAUGUUUUAAUCUCUAAGAUGCUAAAGACUGUAAGGACAAUCCCUUCUGUGAACUGAAUUAUCUGCAAGAAAAAUAUCUCAUUGCAAAACACAUUUACUCCAACAAUUUCAAGUGGUAGGUAAAUGCACACAGUAAAACGAGAACCUCCCUUGCAGCCCUGAGGCAACUAUUAUUUAGUAAAUUGAAAAUGAGUUGAUAAAUUCUUUGUGUUCAGUAAAUUGUUCUCGUCUCUUACUUCCUAGAAGGGCUAUCUAGCUAUACCACCGGCAAGAUGACUUCUAUCCUUUUUUCUAGGGAAGAUGUGAUUUACUCAGACAUGACAAAAUAUCCUAUAUUGAACUUUAUUUCUUCUGCAAUAUCCCUGUCCGCACACCUUUUCCUUUAGUAUGAUUAUACAGUUGUCAUCUGAGAACUCUUUUUAAGACUAACAGCCACUAAAGAAAAUGGCACUAAAAGUAACUCUUUAAUCUCUUUCCACCUAACCCACUGUUCAUACUUAAUUGUAUGUAGUAGUUAGAGAAUAUUGGCUGAUAUUGGCAUCCAGAACUCAAAUACCAAUUUUAUUUUAGUACCAAGACUCAUAAACUUUAAGUUUUCUCUCUUAAGUUUUCUUUUAAUUCACCUCAAGCAUCAUUGAGUCUUUAAGCAGCCCAUAUUCUGAUUAAGCCAGUGAGAACUUUUUGCCUACUUAUAGAACCUUCUAAAGAGACAUAAGGAAAAAACUUAGUAAACGACCUCUUUGUUGCUGGGCUAUCUUAAAGAUACGAUUUGAAAUGUCACUGCUAUCAAAAUGCCCACUAAGCAGUAUCUGGCCUGCAAAACUGGAAAAGUGAGUUUUAGGUACACAGGCUGGGGCCAUCCACGGGGCCAGAGAGAGGACCCCGCUACAAUACAGGCUUUUCUGAAAGCAAAGGCAUUCAGGAGACGCACCAAGAAACACCAACUAUUUUCGUUGAAGAAAGCACUUUAUUUUCCAUUUAAAUAACUUGGUCACAGUACAUUGUUUUACAUAAAUGGCAGUAAUUUUUUUAAAUCUCCAUUUGAAAGGCCUUGUGUCUGAGUCUGAGGUGAUAAGACAUCAUGAAUACAAGUAUAAAAACAGUGCAAAAUGUUUAGCCUACAGCUUCUAGAGUUGGCUUCAGAAAUCCCCUGCAAUGUUGGUGGGCCAGUUAUAUUAAAUAUUAAAUUUAAUGUUAAACAAACAUUCCUGGGUUUCCUUUAGUUGAUAAUAUCAGGCCCAGAAACCUAAUCAAACGAAAAGGCUCAAAAGCCCUAGCAACUCCGACCAUCCAGUCACCCAGACCACAGGAUCGAAGUUGAGCUUCUUGCAAGUUCCUAACAUGGCAUCUUGUCAGUGACGCCAUCUGAAAAAAAAUACAGGAUUUUAGUUGCAUCAACAACUAGAAUAGAUCUGGUUUUAAAGCUGUGCCUUUAAAGAUGAAUUUUCUGGAAGUGGAAGGUGCCAUCGGGAAGCCUAGAGCAGUAAUAAGUCACAAGCCCAACCUGGAAAUAGCCACAACCUCCAGGAACUCUGUCUUCAUUGAGCAUUCAGUCUGUGGCCAGCGGCUAAUACUACAGUGAAACACUUAGUGCCAGCUGGAGUGGGGAGAACUGUCCAUUAGCAACAGGAUCAAAUUUAGCUGAUUUGACAAGUUUAUAUUAGUUACAGCAAAUAUGUACGACAUAUGGAGUUUUAUUCAGCAUUAAGUUAAGCCCAGCUCUCAUUCUCCCUUGCAUCACCUUUGCAAUGUUUAAUACAAAAUGGUGCACUUGUCAAGCUGCUGAUGAGAAAACCAGAUUCCAAACAGGUGCCUCAAGCAAAAGUUUCUCUCAUCCACUGCGUAUGUGAGGAAACUCUCUUAAAAUUCAGGGGACCAAAA